UCUCUUUGACCCCUGCCCCCCCCCCCCCCCCCACCAUCACACUCCACACUCCACUAGUAGCUGGCAAGUGACCUCAGCUCAGCUCGGUGAUAAAGCGGUGAGAGUGAGUACGGGCUACGGCGGUGGCGGUGGUAGGUGUGAGACGAGGAGAAUGGAGGCCACCAUUACCCGCUUCCUCGUCUUCUUCUUCCUCCUCCUCGUCGUCGCGGUCAGAGGCGACGACCCUUACAGGUUCUACACCUGGAACAUCACCUUCGGCGACAUCUACCCUCUCGGCGUCAAGCAGCAGGGGAUACUGAUCAACGGCCAGUUCCCGGGGCCUCAGAUCGACGCGGUCACCAACGACAACAUCAUCAUCAAUGUCUUCAACAACCUGCCUUCCCCGUUCCUCCUCUCAUGGCAAGGAAUUCAACAGAGGAGGAGCUCAUGGCAAGACGGGGUGUAUGGUACAAACUGCCCGAUCCCUCCGGGUGGCAAUUUCACUUACAUCAUGCAGUUCAAGGACCAAAUUGGGAGCUACUACUACUUUCCUUCCCUUGCAUUCCAUAAGGCUGCUGGUGGGUAUGGUGGUAUCAGGGUCCUUAGCCGCCCGGGGAUCCCGGUUCCAUUUGCACCCCCUGCUGGCGAUUUCACCAUAUUGGCCGGUGACUGGUUCAAGCUCAAUCACACUGAUUUGCAAGGCAUUCUGGACAGUGGUAAUGACCUUCCACCCCCUGAUGGGCUUCUUAUCAAUGGCCAAGGCUGGAACGGCAACAGGUUUACAGUAGACCAAGGGAAAACUUACCGUUUUAGGGUAUCGAAUGUGGGCAUAGCAACAUCAGUGAACAUAAGGAUUCAAGGUCAUUCCUUGCUGCUGGUUGAGGUGGAGGGAUCACACACCGUGCAGAGCACAUACACAUCGAUUGAUGUCCAUCUAGGCCAGUCCUACUCAUUCCUCGUGACGGCUGAUCAGCCACCCCAGGACUACAGCAUUAUUGUCUCGACCCGUUUCACCAAUCCUGUGCUCACCACUACUGCUGUCCUCCACUACAGCAAUUCAAACGGUGCCCUUUCUACGGUAGCACCACCCCCAGCACCAACAAUCCAGAUUGAUUGGUCUCUCAAUCAGGCUAGAUCAAUUCGAUGGAAUCUGACGGCGAGUGGACCAAGGCCGAACCCUCAGGGCUCAUACCAUUAUGGCCUUGUCAACACUACAAGAACCAUCAGACUUGCGAACUCAAGGGCUAGCAUAAAUGGCAAGCUGAGAUACGCGGUCAACAGCGUGUCCUUCAUUCCAGCUGACACUCCUCUCAAGGUUGCCGACUUCUACAACAUUCAGGGUGUGUUCGCUCUGGGGAGCAUGCCUGACAACCCAACCGGAGGUGGCGCCUACCUGCAGACAGCAGUCAUGGCAGCCAACAUGCGAGACUACGUUGAAGUCAUCUUUGAGAACUCUGAAAACUUUGUGCAGUCAUGGCACAUUGACGGUUACGCAUUCUGGGUUGUCGGGAUGGAUGGAGGACAAUGGACACCUGCGAGUCGCCAGAGCUACAACCUUAGAGACGCAGUUGCUCGGUACACAUUACAGGUGUAUCCUCAAUCAUGGACUGCAAUUUACAUGCCUUUGGAUAAUGUGGGGAUGUGGAACAUCAGGUCAGAGAGCUGGGCUAGACAGUACCUCGGCCAACAAUUCUACCUCCGGGUCUACUCUCCGGCGAACUCAUGGCGGGACGAGAACCCGAUCCCAAAGAACGCGCUCCUCUGCGGUCGGGCCUCGGGGCGCCGGACCAGGCCUCUCUGAACCUGAAUUGGGGAUCAGUUUCAUGUCACGAAGGGGUGACAGCUGAUAAACUGAUGAGAAUCAGAUGAGAGCCAAGGAUACAUGUGGUGUUCAGAUUAUUGAGCCCCAAUUCUUUUGACAAGCUUGAGAAGUUGAGAAGAUUGUACUCCUAGCAUCCCAUUUCUGCUAUUCGCAUUGUUAAGCAACUGUAGCUAAAAUGUUGCAGCGAAUUCUUUGUAUGGCAAGCAAGGAUAAUCUUGCUUCCUGACAUUUAUUGAUAGAUGAUAUAAUAUCGAUAUCCACGCAUAUAUAUUGAUAAACUGGAGUAUGUUCAGAUAGUUUCA